AUGUUUCGUUUAUUUAAAAACAAACCAGAUGCCUCAAAUUCAUCAGACGCUUCUCAGUUACAUGAUCAACAUAUCGAAAAUAUUAGAAAUGAACAAGCAUCAAUGAGUCGUGAAGAAAAAUCCUCUACUGGCGAAGGUUUACCGAAUAAAACAGUUCAAUCAGGUUCACAACGUUCUCAACAAACUUUAGGACCUGGUAAUGAUGGUAAAGGUGGUGAUUAUUAUCAAAGUUUACAAGAUAAACGGUCUUCAGAUCUAGGUAAAAGUAAACAAUAUCAGGAACAACUUCCUAAAAGUACUUUAGGAGAAAAGAUUAAAAGCUGGUUUAGUUAA